CAGUCCUGACCCAAGCUAAGGUGUAUCCACCACUGGCUGUGAUUUCAGGAGUGACCAUGAAGUAUCUCGUUAUUGUGCUGGUAUGUGCUGUGCUCGCUGAGGGAAUCCACAGGAUCCCUCUGGUGAAGCAUAAGUCAAUCCGUGAGAGAAUGAUGGAGAAGGGAGAACACCUGCCCUACCAAGACCCCGCUCUCAAAUACUUUCCUGACGAGUUCGCUGGCUCCACCACCAUGUACAUCAACAACUACGCCGACACCACCUACUAUGGAGCCAUCACCAUCGGUACUCCCCCCCAGUCCUUCCAGGUGUUGUUUGACACUGGCUCUGCCAACCUGUGGGUUGACUCUGUACUCUGCAACACUCAGGCCUGCAAUACACACACAAAGUUCAACCCCCAGCAGUCGUCCACCUACUCAGCUAAUGGGGAAACGUUCUACCUGCCCUACGGAACCGGCAGUCUCAGUGGAGUCUUCGGAUACGACACCGUCAACGUCGGUGGUAUUGUCCUCACCAACCAGGAGAUUGGUCUGAGCACUGACGAGCCAGGUCAGACCUUUGUUGUGGCCCAGUUUGAUGGUAUCCUUGGCCUGUCCUACCCUUCCAUCUCAGCAGGACAAGAGACUCCCGUCAUGGACAACAUCAUGUCACAGAACCUUUUACAGGCCAACCUGUUCGCGUUCUACCUGACCAGGGACGGCCAGCAGGGCAGUGAGCUGUCGUUUGGAGAAGUGGACAACACCAAGUAUCAGGGUCAGAUCUACUGGACCCCCGUCACCUCCCAGACAUACUGGCAGAUCGGCAUCCAAGGGUCAGGAUCAACCACAACAACUAAACAUACUUAACCAUACACUGACAUCAGAACCACCAAGAGACUGGAAAAGCUGGGAUGAAAAAUGUCUAAGGCCGCUGUCAAUGCUAGUCUGUCUG